ACUGCGGAAUUUUUAUUUGCGCCUAUAUUUUAUUUGUGGCAAGUGUAUUUGAUUGUCGAAUUUCAGAACCUUUUAUUACAUAGGAAAGAGGAAUUCUUCUGUAAGAACCCCUCAUGAAGGAGACAAUUAAACUGAAAUCAUGUUGAAAAUGUCUUUCAAUUCCAAAUAAGAACAACUUAUUACUUUGUCUUUAGUUCACUUUGUCGUCGGUUCAACUUUAAAUACAUUUCGACAGUUAACAUGAUAAAAAGCAGCAAUGUGAGCAAAUCAUAAUUAAUGGGGGAUUGUAUGAGUUGAUUCUAUGACAGCGAAUCGACGUCUAGCUAGCAACCAUCGAUUUUUACUUCGGUCAAAGCGAAUUGCGAAUGUGGAUGCUUUUGGCUUUGGCACUUGAAAAUCGCGCAGUUAAUACCAAAUUGGAAUUGGAGAAAAAGGGCUAAUAACUGUCGCGGAUAUGACAAAGAGCGACCACGUUGCCUUGACGCUCUCCUCGGCCUCCAUAGCGGGCAUAACAGGUGGCGGUGUCGGUGUCGGCGAUGAAUGCAAUCUCUCCCGCAAGAGCUUGCGACGGUCGUGGAAUCAACUCCCUCGUUGUCAACGCAAUCUCAUUAUAAUGGGCAUCACAGCAUUUUGUGUAACGCUCCUACUCUUUCUGCCCGGCGAUCAGCUAAUAAGUAUGAAAGAUGUGCACCUUAAGCCUGGCGCGGCUCCAUUUCACAUGCGACGGGAGAACACACUGCAGAAUCCACAUCAUCAUCCAAAUCUAUCACCGGAAAAGCAUGGUAAUGAUUUACCUGCAGAGAUUUCAGCAGCAGUAGCAUCGCCAAUGACUGAAGACAGGUUCAUUAAACAGGAGCCAUCGAAUGAUAAGGCUGCUGGUAAUGUGGCUUAUCCCGAGGGGAACUCUGCGGAAAACGUUGUGAAACUACCGGAAACCGCGGUUGCCGGCAAUGAAAAUAUUAAUGGGCCAAUUGAUAUAGUCAACAAUGUAGAACAGCCCAUUGAUCGAGAGUCGUCAUUACCUAUCGAGGAGCAGUCAGACAUGCGUGCCGAGCUAGAAGAGGCUAUCCGGCAUCCCUUCAAUUUGGCGGGAGAAAGCAUUGAUUUGCAUUUGCAGAAGAUGCAGACGCAGCUGGCCAAGGCGCAGCACUUCCAUGGCGCAACCAAUGAACGUCAGACGGCCGUCGUGGCAGCCUUUAAGCACUCCUGGGCUGGUUACAAGAAGUAUGCUUGGGGUCAUGAUAAUCUCAAGCCCGUUUCGCAGACUUCACACGAGUGGUUUGGUCUCGGAUUGUCAAUUGUUGAUUCUCUGGACACAAUGUACAUCAUGGGUUUGGAGGAUGAGUUCAAUGAAGCGCGAGACUGGGUCAAGGAUUCGCUGAGAUUCCACACAAGCCGCGAUGUGAAUCUCUUUGAGGUAACAAUACGUGUUCUCGGCGGUCUGCUAUCGGCUUACCAUUUGAGCGGGGAUCAAAUGUUCUUGGUCAAAGCGUCCGAGUUGGGCAAUCGCUUGUUACCUAGUUUUCUUACACCAUCGGGUAUACCAUAUUCGGAUGUGAAUCUUGGGGAAAGUUCAGCACAUUCGCCAAAAUGGUCCCCCGACAGUUCGACCAGCGAAGUAACGACCAUUCAGUUGGAGUUCCGUGAUCUUAGUCGCUCCACAAAUGUUCCUAUCUACGAAAGUGUUGUAAACAAAGUGAACGAAAAGAUUCAUGCGCUGGAUAAGACUCAUGGCCUGGUGCCCAUAUUUAUUAAUGCUAAUACAGGCACUUUUCGAAAUUAUGCUACUAUUUCUCUAGGAGCACGCGGCGAUUCGUAUUACGAGUACUUAUUGAAGCAGUGGAUACAAACAGGUCGCAAAGACAACGACAAUCUCAUUUUGGAUUAUAUGCAAGCAAUUGAUGGUGUUUUAACGCAAUUAAUGCGUCGCACGCCACGUGAAAAUUGGGUUUACAUAGGAGAGCUAAUAAAUGGGCACGAUUUUAAGCCAAAAAUGGAUCAUUUAACAUGCUAUUUGCCUGGUACUUUGUUGCUUGGCCAUCAGAAUGGCAUGCCAGACUCGCAUCUAUUAUUGGCCAGAGAUAUGAUGGACACCUGCUAUCAGACCUACAUUAAGCAACCGACUCAGCUGGCAGCUGAAAUUUCAUACUUUGCGCUUAACGAGAAGGACGAGAACGAUAUCUAUGUCAAGCCCAACGACGCGCACAACUUGCUGCGCCCCGAGUUUAUCGAGAGUCUUUACUAUUUUUAUGCACUCACAGGAAACCGGACAUAUCAGGACAUGGGCUGGACCAUCUUUCAGGCUUUUGAGAAGCAUUCAAAGGUGGCUGCUGGCUAUACAUCUCUGGGCAAUGUAAAGAACACCCUAAACACGCGUAUGCGCGAUCUCAUGGAAAGCUUCUGGAUGAGCGAGACUUUAAAAUACUUUUACUUAUUAUUUAGUGACAAUCGAAAGGAGAUUGAUCUAGAGAAAUGGGUCUUCAACUCAGAGGGCCAUCCGCUGCCAGUGUACCAGCAAUAAUUGUAAUUAGCUAAUAACCACUAAGUAUAGUUGGUAAACUAGUACUAUGUAGGUAAUUAGCAGCAAUCAAUAUGGCAGUCUCCCUCUCCGUCUUAGUCCGUAGUGAAGCGCAAAUGCCAAAUACUAUGCCAAGCUUAGAAUGCACAAAUAUUUUAGUGCACUUGGCCUAAUGAAGAUCUGUAUCAACCAAUAAACCAUGUAAUGAUGCUGUGUGAUUUGUUGAAUGAUGUAUGAUUUGUAAUAUAUAUUCGUUCUAAGUUAGCUCAUUAAUAUUUAUUUAUUUACUUAUGGAUCCAAAAGAUAUUGUAUUCAAAAGAUAUUGCACUCACACUCUGGUACUGUUACUGCCGCAAUGUUUAUUGGUAAUGAUAAUUGUAAGCUCACCUAAAUCUUAAUAUUUAUCUGGUAGGUACUUAGUACAUGUGUAUGUAAUUACGUAAACACCCAUAAUAUUGUUUAGUAAAUUAAACAUAAAAUCAACUCUUGGUAGAGCGUUUUUUAACAAAUCGCAUAGAAAAUAAUAACGAAAUUUGUAUAUGCUUUGCAUCAAUGAUGUGAAUAAUAAAAGACGCUGAUU